AUGGAUAUACCCAUACCUAAACACUUGCUUCUUAAAAUCCACAGAAUGACAUUGAAUCAAACCAUGCUGUGGAUCCUCAUCCUUACUGCAUGUGGUGUGACUCCACUCAUCCGAGUAAAUGGUGAUGAGUUUGUAUGCCACAACGUAGAAUAUGCUGGUCCUAUAAAAGAGGUAAUACAGAUAAAACCAACUAAACUGGCAGAAAAGACCUCCAAUGCUGCCAAGCACGUAAAGGGGCUUGCAAUAGCCGUGGCUAGUGGUGUUAUAGCAAAAAUUCCAGUUGCAGGGAGCAUACUGGGCGCGGUCUUCAAAGAACUGGCUGGGGCUUUCGGCAAUAAGGGCUUACAAGCAGAAGACGUUUACAACAGUUUGAAGAAAGAAAUCGACCAGCUCAAAUCGUACGUGGACCAAGAAAUCGAUGAAGUGAAAUUAGACUACAUCAAGAACGCUUUUGGGACAAGCCGUGGUGGAAUUCUGAGCUAUGCAAUGCACUGCCAGAAAACGUACCAAGGUGAUGCAGAUGAUAUUGCCCCUUGUUUGGAGAAUGUAAACGCUAUGUUGACCCAACAGUACCACUUCUUCAUGCCAUCAGACAGCCGAGUCAGUUCCUACGAGUUUUCUCUCCCUCUGUUCCGUAUGUAUGGAGAACUCUUUGUAGACACGCUCAUGGAACAGAUCGCUGUUGCAAGGAAGAGAGGAAAGGAAACUCAAGCGGCAGCAAUGGCUGAUACCCUGAUCACAAAAGUCAAGCAACUCGAAGAGCAUUACACAACUUCUUUGGUCAAAAUCGCUAAACUUCACGCGGAACCUCACGUAUCGACAGACAGCGGAAAAGCCGACUGUGCGCUUAUCCCUUACUAUAACGUCCCAAUGUGUAUCUGCACUUUAGCCAUUGGACCCAACAAAAUCAGUUCAUCAGACAUUAAAGAUCCCGCGAAAAGCUUCAAAAAUUUCUGUGUUGGAGUUUACUAUGGCACGAACAGCGACGUCUGUAAAAUUGCCAAGAAAGAGUAUUUCGAGGGAUACGCCCAGGACCAUGUGCAGGCCAUAAAAACCUACUGGAAGAAACAAGUUGGAGACACGGUAGAAAGUUGGACCAAGACUGCUGAAGCCGUUGAAGGAUUGAGGGAGAAGGUUAAGGGGUGAGUAGGGUAUAAUAAUUCUUCUUUUGCAGUUUUCUGUUUUUGUUUUGUUCUUCCUUUUUUCUUUUUGUUCUCGUUCCUCUUGUUCACCAACUUCAAGGAACCAAUCGACAGGUAAUCUGACUAUAGUUUAAAAACAACUGUUAUUCAUGAGGUAAUUAUCCGUGGCUUUCCUGUUCCUACGUACGCAUCCAUGAUUGCUAAAAGAAGGUGCUUAAUCACUGUUCAACAAAGUCUUAUAAUACAUCUUUAAGAAUAAUUUUCAGAGCUCUCAGCAAGAAUAAACUGAUAAAGCUGCUGAAAAUAGUGAUGACGUUAACUAUUUCUUACUUUUUCUCUUUUUAAUCAUGUUUCAGGUCCCUUUCCUUUGAAGAAAAGAUCCAGUUUGAGCGAGAUGUUGCAGCCUACAAAAAACGUAUCAUGCAGUAG